AUGUCUAUCUCGAUGCCAAACCCUGAUGGACUCUACCCUAUAGUGGAGCUGAACUUCAAAGGUGUUUUUCUUAGAAAUCCUUUCUCGUAUAACCAUGGUAAGCCCUUAAUAUCUGGGAUAACUGCUAUCGCUAAUGAUGAUGAUUAUGGUGGUUUCAUUUUUCAUCCAUAUGGGACAGAUGGUAAAAUUUGUAUGUAUGUGGACCAUGAUGGUCAAGGAAUAGAAGAUUGGUUUGCUUCUGAAAUAGAAGAGGAGGAUGGAGAUGAUUUUUGCAUUGAUGGUGGUGUGAAUGAGGACGAAAUUGAUAGGCUAACAGUUGUGGAUGUGGACUUUAAUGAGGACAUAGUCACUAUGAAUAGGACAAAGGGUGAUGAAUUUCUAAAUAGAUUAUGUGGUGAAGAUGAAGAGGGAAAUAAUAACAACAUAAAUGAUCAUGAUGGGCAUGAAGAGGAUGCCAAUGUAACUCAACAACAUUCCAUUUUUAAUGAGUUAGUUCCAUGGAAAAAGCAGAUCCCAAUACUUGGGGUCUGUAAAGGGGAGUUAUUAUGUGCUGUUGGAAGGGAUGCAAACAAUGGGAUUUAUCCUAUUGCAUGGGCAAUAGUAUGUGUGGAGAAUAAGGAAAAUUGGAGGUGGUUUUUGGAUUUACUCAUUGAUGACUUAGGACUUAAUUUGGGCUAUGGAUACAGUGUAAUAUCUUAUCAACACAAGGGUUUGAAUGAGGCUGUGAAAGAACUCCUUCCUUAUGUAGAGCAUAGGCAGUGUGCCAAGCAUAUUAGCCAAAACCUUAGGAAAAGGUAUAGUGGUGCUCAAUAUGAAAGCAUUUUCUGGAAGGCAUGUAAAGCAACAACAGAGGUAGAUUUUAAGGUUGCCAUGAAAGAGCUUGAAGUGCUAGACCUAAGUGCUCAUCAGUAUCUGAUGGACAAAGACCCCAAAACAUGGUCAAGGGCCUACUUCCAACCAAGAAGAUGUUGUGAUGUUGUGGAGAAUCGAAUGUCAGAAAGUUUUAAUGUUGUGAUUGUUGAUGCUAGGAAGAAACCAAUUAUCACCAUGCUAGAGGAGUUGAGGAUGUAUAUGAUGGAGAGGGUGUUCAAGAAGAAAUGCAAGGGUCUAGGAUGGGGCAACCAAAUUUGUCCAACAAUUAGAGAAAUAAUGAAUGACAUUAAGAAGGGUCUAAGACAUUACCAUGUCUUACCUAGUGGACUAAAUCAGUUUGAAGUAAGAGGAACUACAGAUGCUUAUGAUGUGGAUCUUGAAGAAAGAACUUGCUCAUGCAGGAUAUGGCAACUUAAUGGAAUCGGUUGUGUCCAUUCUGUUGCAGCUAUUAGUUUUAUGAAUAGGGAUGUAGAUUCAUAUGUGGACAAAAUGUUUAGUAGCAUCACUUAUAUGAAGGCUUACAAGUUUAGGUUAGCACCUAUGAAUGGAAGUAAUUUGUGGCCUGCAACUGAUUACACCCCACCUUUACCUCCUGUUCGUAGAGCUAUGCCUGGGAGACCUGCAACUAAAAGCAAAAGGGAUGCAAUAGAAACCACAAACCAGUCAAGUAAAAAAUCAAAGACAACUACCCAAACACAAAACAAAGGUAAGGAGCAGGUGAAGGUAUCCAAGGCUGGUAAAAAACAAAAAUGUAGUCUUUCUAAGAUUGAAGGACACAACAAAAGAGCUUGUACUUUAACAAGGCCUCCUAAAACCAAAGCUAAAAGAAAAACAAAACAGGGUGUAGCUGAAGCUCUCAAUGAGGAUGAAAGUAAUGAAUCUAAUGCAGUCAAUGAUGGAGGAGUAGUAAAUGAUGGUGGAGAAGCAGUCAAUGAUGGAGGAGCGGUAACUCAUGGUGGAGAAGCAGUCAAUGAUGGAGGAGCAGUAAAUGAUGGUGCAGAAGCAGUCAAUGAGGUGCAUGUGAAACAAGACUAUGAUGAGGUGGAACUCACUCCUUUGGAGUUUGAUGCAUCAGCUAAUGGAGAACCUAGUCAGGUUCAUGCGCAAGAACAGGAGGCUAGAGAAACACCACUUGCAACCCUGUUGAAGAAAAUCAGGAGGAAGAAAUCUGAAAGGAUUAUCAAGUUGAAACUGGGCAAGAAAGUUGGUGGAAAUGAUGCACCUGGGAAUUCAGAAGCUAAACUUGUUACUCUAGAAUAA